GAUUCUCAAGACAGGUGCUUUUUUCCUCCUAGUAAAGAGGAAUGCAUGGUCAGACAAACAGGUUAAACUUAUCGCUCCUUCCGUUAUUCCCGAGCAAUCGCCUGCUGAAGGAUGGCCGUUAAAUGUAUCGGGAGGUGCGUGCUCUUAUUCUGCCUCGCAGUCUGUUUCGAUGUUGUCGGGUUAGUCGUGCUUCUAAUUGGCAUUUUUGCGAAUUUGCGUCUGGACGGCGUGUUUUACGGGGACUUUCUCAUUUUCACCGGCGCACUUGUCGUUUUCCUGAGUCUGAUCUGGUGGAUAAUGUGGUACACGGGCAACGUGGAGGUGACCGCCGACGAGCCGGACAGGAGCACGCUGGACAACUUUGCGCAGUGGGCGAGGAAGUUUUCCGAGAGGCUCUCCAAAAGCGGACUGAAGACGCUGGAAGGCAGGGAUAAGUGUAUCGGUGGCAUGGAGCCGAUGAGCACGCCGGUACCGGUGCAUAUUCCGUCACGGAUUGUAUGGGAAACGGCGAGUAGCUCCGGGUACGAUAAUGAAGGUUUUGACAGUAAAAGUGAGAUUGCGCCGAGUGACAAAACGGUGGAGCUGGGGGUCCUGAAAAACUCCGAAGCGCUGUUAAACAGUUCUGCCGAGGAUAAAGUGGAGAAAUAUCUCUGACACAAAAAUAUAGGAACUCCAGUUGUCAUUUUGGGACAGCGAGCCAGUAGAGAAGACCAGCUGCACAUAGUGAAUGUGUCUGUAAACUCAUGUAAAUACCAGUGUACAGAAAUUUUAUAUAUUUUAUGUCUAUUUAGAAUGAUUGUAUAAAAUAAAGUUAUUUUAUAUUUGGAAAAUA